AUGAAGCUGACUCUGGUGCAAAUCUUUUUCAUGAUGUUGCUGCUGUUGCUGGGCCUGGGGAUGGGCCUGGGUUUAGGGCUUCAGAUGGCUGCAGCAGUCCUGGAGGAUAGCGAUCAAUCACUGAAUGAAUUUUGGUCCAGGGACUCACAAGAUAAAGUCAAGGCCACUAAGGUGGCAGAGGGAACCCAAACAACAGAAACCCUACUGCUUAGCAACAAAGGAGUGGUGCAACCUGGCUGGCCAGAAGAUACCAUCCUCAAUGAAGAUGAAGUUGGAGGGAACAAGAUGCUUAGAGCUGAAGCUCUGAAUCAGAGCAACAAAGACUAUCUCAAGCUUGACCUGAUGGCCCGGGAGUGCAAUGCCAUGAUGGCACACAAGAUGAAGGAGCACAACCACACAUGCAUAACCCAGUACAUAUUCAUUCACGAGGAGCUAGAUGCAGUCAAAGCUGUCUGUAAUGGCCCUGUCAUUGCCUGUGAGCUCCAGGGAGGCAAAUGUCACAAAAGCUACCGUCCUUUUGAUUUGACAUUUUGCAAGUUAUCUAAACCAGGCCAAGUCACUCCUCAUUGCAAUUACCUAACUUUUAUUUUAGAAAAGUUCAUUAUUAUAUCCUGUAAGGACAUGAAAACCUUGUUAACGUCUGGGUAA